AUGGCUUCUAAGCGAAUUCUCAAAGAGACUGAGAGUCUCGCUACUGAUUCUCCCCCUGGAAUCAAGGCGGAAUUAUUUGUUGGAAAUGAUAGGCACUUUAAGAUUCAUAUGCAAGGCCCUGAUUCCACUCCUUAUGAGGGUGGAGUUUAUUUGUUGGAGUUGUUUUUGCCCGAACAUUAUCCUAUGGACCCUCCCAAAGUCCGUUUCCUAACCAGUAUUUACCAUCCAAACAUUGAUAAAAUCGGUCGCAUUUGCCUCGACAUUCUCAAGGACAAGUGGAGUCCUGCUUUACAAAUCAGGACUGUUUUACUAAGCAUUCAGGCCCUUUUAUCGGCUCCUGAGCCUGAUGAUCCUCUUGAUGCUUCUGUUGCAAAUCAUUUCAAAACUGACCGUUUAGGAGCCGAAAAGGUCGCCCGUGAGUGGAACCAGACCUUUGCUGUUUGUAACAAAAUUGAUUAA